AUGGCAGACGAACCUGAUGAGGAUGUGCGCGAGCGUCUCAGGGCUGCACUUUGGUUCGCAGUCGGCAAGAUGGUUGACGAAGAGUCUCUGAGAAGAAACAGAAAUGUUACUCCCCAGUUCAUUGGCGCAUUGAUGGAAAUGGUGUGGACACAUAUAGAGAGCGUCGCAAUGGACCUCGAGAGCUUCAGUCGCCACGCUGGACGGUCGACAAUAACCACCGAUGAUGUCUUGCUCCUCGCAAGACGAAACCAAGAUUUACAUGGUAUUAUCAAGGACUUUGUCGACAAGGAGAAAGCGGCCAAGGCGAAGGGGAAGUCAAAGAAAUGA